CUGGUCCCGACCACACAUGACUAUCGAGCCUCCUCUUCAUCCCCAUCGUCGACGACAACGCCGGCGCAUCUACAGCAACAGCCACAGCGACGAAGCGCGGCAUGAGCGACCCGCGCCGCUACGAUCCUCGGCUCGGGGACGAGGAUGAAGAACCCGAACAUGCUCCCCCACCUCGCUCCGUGCGCCGCGUGCGCAUUCCGAACGAUGUAGGGCACGAUGCGGAGGAUACGUCUUCCCCGCUAGGCGGCGCGCGAACGGAGAAGAGCCGCGCGGGGCUUGAAGAGCCCCGUAGAACGCCUCCUGUUUCUUGGGCGUCGCGCAUCGCGAGGUGGAGCCCGCUGGACCUCUCCUGGAUUUCGGCGAAUUCGACUUGGUCAAAUUGGAAGCCCGCGCUCCGCUGCGCUGCCGUUUGCUUUGUCUCGGCGGUCUUGAUGGUCAUCCCGAGUGUGUACACUCCCAUGGGACAGGGCAGCUUCCUGAUAUUGAUAUCAUCUUUUUUGGAUGUGCCGUCGGACCCGUUCCUUGCCGUACUCGAACGCGAACUGAUAUUCCUGACUUUCGUUGUCGCCGCCUGGGCAUACUGCUGUCUGGGCAUUUUUCUCGCCAGUCUUGCUCGAGUACACACCGACUACAACGCUAGUCUGGUCGCCAUCCAAUCAGGACAGUAUGUGGAAGCAGGUCCCACCGUGAUCCUCGCGGUUUUUGUGUUCUUCGGCUGUGCCUUCUUCCUAUUCGUCAAGGCACGCUUUGGACCUGGACCCUAUCUGUUCGCCUCGAUCUUUGGGUGUAUCUGCAUCGACAUCUCUAUGACCACGGCGGUACUGUUCCCCUAUCCCUAUUAUCUGGUGGGCCAGGUCAUUGCGCUUCCGCUCGCAGUACAUUGCGGGUUAUGCAUUUUGUUCUCGGCGAUCAUCUUUCCAUCCACGAUCACGGCUCAAUACACCCACACGCUCUUCGCAGUACUCGAUCCCUUGAAUGACUUUCUCGCGAACCACCGGCGGGUACUUACCCUCGAUCCGUCCUCAGAGGAUUUCAAGUCCACCGUAAAGGCUAUCACCGGCGCGCUCGGAAAGUCGGACGGAAGGCUUGGGCAAGCGGCGGCGAACGUGCGACUGCUUAAGCAAGAUAUCGUCUAUGGGCGCUUUUCUCCCGCCAACGUCGGGGCGUUCCAACCUAUCGUCCGCCGCCUUGUCACUCGCGCCAACGGGAUGGACAUUUUCUUCACCCUUAUCGAGCCUAUGAGGGAGAAGUUCCCGGUCACCCCGAUUCCUUCCCGGCCUGCAACUCCUCGUACUGGUACGCCCAUGAGUACACGCCCCGGAUCGCCGACGACCCCUAGCACCCCUCUCCCCGGUUCGCCUCCGAAUGGGCUGCGGGAGGAUCCAGAACAGAUAGCCCGGCGGCGGCGAAAUUUACAGAAGCGUGCCCUCGAGCACUCGCACGGGCACAAGUCGUUCUCGCGAAAGCUGCACCUGCGUCUGCGAGAACACACCGAGGAGCACCACCACCAUCAAGUGCAUUUCUCGCUCCUCAAUUUCGCGCAUACGCUUUCGCCGCUUGCGAGGGUGUCCACGACAGCGUCCGCGGAAACGGCCGUGGGCGUCUUCGAGUCGCAGCGAUACAUGGCGAUCGAGGCGAAUCGGCUAACGCAUCCGGACCAGAGCGACGUGACUGCGCACUUUGUGCAAUUGUUGCAGGGAUCGUGUGACGAUUUGCUUGAGACCACGCAGGGCGUUGUGAAGGGGGUGCAAGCUUGGUUUGCUGAGGCGCGAAGAGGCAGCUUCGGGGGCAGGGCGAAGAUCGAGAAGGCACGGGCCGAGCGGCUCGCGAAGUUGGAGGCCCUCUGUCAAGGCGUGAAGGCGGCUCUGCAACGGUUCAAGAAAGACAAAAGACAUCGCGUCCUGGAUCCGUACCGCUCAGCAUUCGACCCGAAGCACGUCAGUGCGAUGGGCGGCAUCUCCGAGCCUCCUCCGCACCGCUACCUCUUCCACUGUUACAUGUACCAGUAUCAUCUCAUGCGCUUCUCGAGUAUUCUUACCGAGCUCCUGGAUACUAUCAUCAAGCUAGAGAAGGAACACCCGAAGGCGCGACUGUGGUGGCCCGGUAUUCCUAUCCGGAAGAUGCUCGAAUGGAGCCCAUGGACACCAUCGGAGGACAUGGAUAGGGAUGACGACGAAGACCCUGAUAUUAUCCAGGGCAUUCACCCUGAAUGGAACGACGACCUCGGGAUAACGCGGCGGCGCGAUCCCGAUGCCCUCCCGCCAGCCAAUGCAUUCCAGCAUGUGAUGCACUGGGUAUACGAGGUGGUGACGGCGCUGGGUCGUGGGAACGCGCUGUUCGCUCUCAAAGCUGGGAUGCUAACAGUCAUACUAUGCAUACCUAGCUUUCUGAAGGAGACGGCCGCCUUCGCAUAUAGGGAGCGCUUUGUAUGGGGCAUCUUUAUGGGACAGCUCACCUUGGCGCGGUUCCGCGGCGAUACAACGUUUGGGCUGGUCGCUCGUAUCGUGAGUACCUUCAUGGGCGGAGUUAUCGGCACGACAAUGUGGUACAUAUCGACCGGGUCUGGGAAUGGUAAUCCAUACGGUCUUGCGGCAGUCAUCGGAGUCUGCGCGCCAUUCUUCUUCUUUUGGCGUCUAUACUGGCCCGUCCCGCCGAUGACGAACAUCAUCCUCUUCGUCACCACAGGGCUGGUACUCGGCUUUUCGUGGCAAAAUACGCACACAACCCUGCCGUUCCGAUUCAUGGGUUGGCAGCUGGCAUGGAGACGUUUCGUGCUGGUCGUUUGCGGCGUCACGGCGGCGUUCCUCUUCUCAUUCCUACCCCCGUCAACAACACUGAGGAAAUACCAGCGCCUGUCUAUGUCGACUACAGUCUCCGAGCUGGGGGCUGUGUAUUGUUCGAUUGUCUCAUUUGCGAACACCCGAGAACACCAAGAGAUUUCAAGAGGGGAUAUCGUUCAGAGCCUUGUCGCUAUUCGCCUCAAGUUGAAGCGAUCCAUAGUGUUGAAGACUAAUAUCGUGUACGAGUUCUCACUGCGAGGGCGGUGGCCGUCGGACAGAUAUCAGAAAAUACUGGAUCUGCAAUUGCAGAUCGCGUACCUACUCUCCCAUCUGAUGUCGGUGGUAGAGCAUCUAGAGCCCGCAUGGUCGCGCGCAUUCCUACGCCGGACACGGUUCCUUGACGCAGACUUCCAGGGAGAUGUACUUGCUGUGAUCAGCAUGAUCUCGACGGCCCUCCGCACGGGCAACCCGCUCCCCCAAAUAACGCCGUGCCCGCUCCUGGACCGGUUCAUGAUCCAUACGCACGGGCUGAACGUAAUACGGCAAGAAGCCGACGAUGAUUACGGACUUCCGAGGACAAUGACGAUUGAUACGCUCGAGAACGAGCAAUACCUGUGCUUCUCGGUGGGAGUCACGACUGCGUUCGGCAUCGUGCUGCGGCUCGAUAAGCUCAUGGUCGCCACCAAGGAGCUUGUCGGCGAACAGUACCACAUCCACGGCAUCGGUGUCCCGGAGCUUCGAAGUGCCCCCGUGGGAAUGAGGCCGUCGAAGGACGUAUAAUUGCGUCGCCGGAGGCCCCCGCCAUAGGUCUGACAUCCGUAUAUUUCUCUGUUCGUCUUUGUAUCAUAGCC